AAUGAGAAGUAAUUAAGAAGGCAGUUUGCAGCAUCUUCAGAUAUUAACAAAGAUCACUAUUGAUGGAGAUAUAUCAGUAGAAAUAUUUGUUUAGAGCAAUAUACGAGAAGAAGGAAAACCUUUGUGUACUGUGACGAGAGAAAGGAAAAUUAUGGAAAAUGAAUUAUAUCGGAGUGAAGUUGAAUGUAAAAGAGAGUCUGAAGAAAUUGAUUUUUCUGAUGAGUAGAAGAAUGAAAUGGGCAAAACAGCAUUUGAUUGUGAUAUCUGUGGCAAGUCGUUCUCUCGGAAAGCUAAGUUAGUCAUUCACGAACGUACUCAUACAGGAGAAAAACCAUAUCACUGUGAAAUCUGUGGUAAAUCUUUCUCUCGAAACGAAAACUUAACUAGGCACAAGAGUGGUGUUCACACUGGAGAAGCACCAUAUCACUGUGAAAUCUGUGACAAAUCGUUUUCUCAAAACGAUCACUUAACUAUGCACAGGCGUGUUCAUACAGGAGAAAAACCAUAUCACUGUGAAAUCUGUGGUAAAUCUUUCUCUCGAAACGAUACCUUAACCAAGCACAAGCGUGUUCAUACAGGAGAAAAACCAUAUCACUGUGAUAUCUGUGGUAAAUCCUUUUCUCUAAACGAUCACUUAACCAAGCACAAGCGUGUUCAUACAGGAGAAAAACCAUAUCACUGUGAAAUCUGUGGUAAAUCUUUUUCUCAAAACGAUACCUUAACUAUGCACAGGCGUGUUCAUACAGGAGAAAAACCAUAUCACUGUGAAAUCUGUGGUAAAUCUUUCUCUCAAAACGGUACCUUAACCAAGCACAAGCAUUUUCAUACAGGAGAAGGAUCAUAUCACUGUGAAAUCUGUGGUAAAUCCUUUUCUCAAAACGAUCACUUAACUAUGCACAGGCGUGUUCAUACAGGAGAAAAACCAUAUCACUGUGAAAUCUGUGGUAAGUCUUUCUCUCGAAACGAUACCUUAACCAAGCACAAGCAUGUUCAUACAGGAGAAAAACCAUUUCACUGUGAAAUCUGUGGUAAGUCUUUCUCUCGAAACGAUACCUUAACCAAGCACAAGCGUGUUCAUACAGGAGAAAAACCAUAUCACUGUGAUAUCUGUGGUAAAUCCUUUUCUCAAAACGAUACCUUAACUAGGCACAAGAUUAGUGUUCAUACAGGAGAAGUACCAUAUCACUGUGAAAUCUGUGGUAAAUCUUUCUCUCGAAACGAUACCUUAACCAAGCACAUGCGUGUUCAUACAGGAGAAAAACCAUAUCACUGUGAAAUCUGUGGUAAAUCUUUCUCUCGAAACGAUACCUUAACCAAGCACAAGCGUGUUCAUACAGGAGAAAAACCAUAUCACUGUGAUAUCUGUGGUAAAUCUUUCUCUCGAAACGAUACCUUAACCAAGCACAGGCAUGUUCAUACAGGAGAAAAACCAUAUCACUGUGAAAUCUGUGACAAAUCUUUUUCUCAAAACGAAAACUUAACCAUGCACAGGCGUGUUCAUACAGGAGAAAAACCAUAUCACUGUGAAACCUGUGACAAGUCUUUCUCUCGAAACGAUCACUUAACUAGGCACAAGCAUGUUCAUACAGGAGAAAAGCCAUAUCAGUGUGAUAUCUGUGAUAAAUCCUUCUCUCAAACCGAUCACUUAACCAAGCACAUACGCAUCCAUACAGGUGAGAAGCCAUACCACUGUGAUAUCUGUGGUAUAUCAUUCUCUACAUGCAGUGUAUUAGCUACUCACAGGCAUUUUCAUAGUGGAGGGAUACCAUAUCACUGUGAAAUCUGUGGUAAAUCUUUCUCUCGAAACAAAUGCUUAACCAAGCACAAGCGUGUUCAUACAGGAGAAAAACCAUAUCACUGUGAAAUUUGUGGUAAAUCCUUUUCUCAAAACGAAAACUUAACCAUACACAGGCAUGUUCAUACAGGAGAAAAACCAUAUCACUGUGAAAUCUGUGGUAAAUCUUUCUCUCAAAACAAAACCUUAACCAAGCACAAGCAGGUUCAUACAGGUGAAAAACCAUAUCACUGUGAAAUCUGUGGUAAAUCCUUUUCUCAAAAUGAUCACUUAACUAUGCACAAGCGUGUUCAUACAGGAGAAAAACCAUAUCACUGUGAAAUCUGUGGUAAAUCUUUCUCUCGAAACGAUUGCUUAACCAUGCACAAGCGUGUUCAUACAGGAGAAAACCCAUAUCACUGUGAUAUCUGUGGUAAAUCUUUCUCUCUAAAUGAUACCUUAACCAAGCACAGGCGUGUUCAUACUGGAGAAAACCCAUAUCACUGUGAUAUCUGUGAUAAAUCCUUCUCUCGAAGUGAUAGCUUGACUAAGCACAUACGCAUCCAUACAGGUGAAAAGCCAUAUCAGUGUGAUAUCUGUGAUAAAUCUUUCUCUGUAACUAGUACCUUAACAAUGCACAAGCGUACUGUUCACACAGGAGAGAAACGAUAUCACUGUGAUAUCUGUGGUAUAUCAUUCUCUCAAAACGAUCACUUAACCAUGCACAGGCGUGUUCAUACAGGAGAAAAACCAUAUCACUGUGAUAUCUGUGGUAAAUCUUUCUCUCGAAACGAUACCUUAACCAAGCACAGGCAUGUUCAUACAGGAGAAAAACCAUAUCACUGUGAAAUCUGUGACAAAUCUUUUUCUCAAAACGAAAACUUAACCAUGCACAGGCGUGUUCAUACAGGAGAAAAACCAUAUCACUGUGAAACCUGUGGUAAAUCUUUCUCUCGAAACGAUACCUUAAUCAAGCACAAGCGUGUUCAUACAGGAGAAAAACCAUAUCAUUGUGAUAUCUCUGGUAAAUCAUUUUCUCAAAAUAGUGAGCUGCUUAAUCACUGAUACAUUCAUACUGGGGGAAAAAACCAUAUCACUGCGAAAUCUGUGGUAAAUCAUUCUUUCAAAAUAAAGGCGUGACUAAUCACAGAUGCAUUCAUACAGGAGAGAAGCUGUAGCAAUGUCAUAUCUGUGGUAAAUUAUUUUAUGAAAAUAGAAUCUUUACUAAUCAGAUACAUAUUCACACAGGAGAGAUGUCAUAUCAUUGCGGUGUCUGUGGUAAGUCAUUCUCUGAUGGACCCAGCUUAACUGUUCGCAAAUACAUUCAUUCAAGUCUGAAAACCAUAUCACUGUGAAAUCUGUGGUAAAUCCUUCUCUCAAAAUGGUCGCGUAACUAUUCACGUACGCAUUCAUACAGGAGAGAAGCCAUAUCACUGUGAUAUCUGAGGUAAAUCAUUCUCUACAUGGAGUGCCUUAUUUAAACACAAAUACAUUCAUACAGGAGAAAAGCCAUAUCAUUGUGAAAUCUGUGGUAAAUCUUUCUCUCGAAACGAUCACUUAACCAAGCACAAGCAUGUUCAUACAGACAGAGAACACAUUUCAUGAGGAAUAGAUUCAUUUCCCAAGUUACAGACAUUGUUUAUGAGUUUUAUUUUUCAAGCAUAACAUCCAAAUUUUGAAAGUUUCUGCUACCAUAACAAAUGCAUCUGUGUCUCCCCAAGAAGUUUAUAAAGAGCAAAGGAAUGCUUCUCAGUAAACAACUCUAGACUUGUUUCUUUGCUUGUGAAUCAGUGGUCAAGUCUACAAAUGAUGGUGUCCCUGAGUCUUGUGAAAGUGAUUCAGAAAACAAUUAUAAUAAUAAUAUUUUGUCUAUUCUAAAUGAUCUGGACAUUGUUUUUGACUUUACAUAAAAUAUUCUUUACAUUCUA